GGUCCGGUGUUGUACAGUGUGGCCCGUUGUAGUUUUCUUAUACACCCGGGGGUAAAUACAAUCAAAGUCUACUCUCUGGUGUAAAAGUGUGUUAAUAAAAAUAACAAAGCAGUUAAUAUAAUGUUACCAAAAUGUAAUAAAAAAAUAUGUUCUUUGAUAAGAGAAAGAGAGCUGUCUGGAAAAUCUAACGAGAGAAGUUUCACACAAAAUCUUUAUAUUUCUUCUGUCAGAGAAUUGAAUUUAUCUUUUCAGGAAAAAUGCACUAGUAAAGUUUUUUAUGACAACAAUUUAUAUUUGAAUGACUUUUCCAAAUGUUUUGCUGGUUGCUUCUUUAAUAAUAAACCGCACACAAUAAAAACUGGAAUUCAUAAAUUACCAUCUAAAACACGAUUUAUUGACUUUUUAAGAUAUCAAUGUCCUACAUAUGUCAAUUUAGAUUUUAACUGUUCGAAAACAAAUUAUAACGAAUGCAUGUAUUUAUUGUCGUCCUCAUCAGAUCUCUUUUGUUAUUCCAUGCGCAGCGACUUUUUAAAUAUGGAUCAAAAAAUUAAUUUGGGGUUAAGAUAUUGUUUUUUACACCUUGAUUGGGAUAAAGUUAAUGAAAGAUUUUAUGUUAAGUCUAAACAUCACAUUGUUAACCACCAGAGCAAUACACACUUUUACUUUGCUUUAUUUGAUAUCAACCCUUUUAAAUUUAUAGGUGCUUUUGAAUUAACUGAAGAUUUAUUUGGCAAAGUGUUAGAUGCAUCUUUAAGUGAAGGAAUUCUAUAUGUUUCUUUAAAAAAUGUUGUGGUGAUGUAUGAUUUGGAAAAUAUUUUAUGUGAGUUUCAAAAUCAAAAACUGGAUGAUAUUAGUAAUUUACAAGAGUGUUUGACUAUUAAUAUUAAUAUCAAUUGCUAUCCAAAAGUUCUAAAAAAAAUUAAUUGUUCAACUUUCAAUAGUCUUUCUUUUGGUGGAUUUCCAUGGGCAUACGUCAUUUAUGAAAAAAAUCAAGUAAAAGUAUUUAGGUUAGAUGAUGGGAAACUAGGAGCAGCUUUUGAAAACAUGCAAGGUGUAUUAUUUGACCAACCAGCUUACUUCCACAUCGAUAACUCAGGUUAUAUCAUGCAUGUACAGGCAGAAACUAUCAACUUUUACAAGAUUGAAGAUUCAAAUGAAUUCAAAUUAAAAACAAGCUUCGUCAUUCAAGUUACAAGUUCUAAUAAGAUGAGCUUACAUCCGCCGAUGUCUAAAUAUGGUCGUGUCUCAAAACCUGUAAUUGAUUCUAGUUGUACAACACUACAGUCUGAAGUUAUCCAUGCCCUAGAUUACUGCUAUGAUGCAAAUAUAUUAGCAAUCCUUUACACUAAAAUUGUUGAGCUUGGUUCUGACACUUAUGUUAUUGGUUUUUUUGACAAUUCAACAGGAUUGCUACUAAAAGAAUAUCCUUUAAAUAUUGCAAAUGUAUCAGAUGACCAUGAAUGGAUUAUAUAUUUGAAUGGAAUGAAUAUUAUAUGUCUACUUACCUCUAUUGUUUCAAGAUAUAAUAAAUGUUAUAUUUUUCAAUUACAGCAAAAUAUCAUUUGACUCAAAGGAGCCAUGACACAGUGUUGGAUUUUAUUUUAGAAUCAUCUUUUAGAACAUCUUAAUAACCAGAUCUAAAAUAAAAAAAGGCUUUCUGUUUAUUGUGAAGAUAACACAGGUCUACAAAAAAUAAAUUGCGUUGCAUAGAUAUUUAAACUGAUUUUUAUGUAUUUUUUUAAUGCUGAUUUCAGAUCUUAACUUUGUUUGUA